CGUCACCAACAGGUCCCAUCCAUGAUGCUCCGAAGGUCUUUAUCGGAAUCUGGAUGGCGGUGAACGACAGCCGGCCCACUCUUCGUCCGCGUGUACUGUCAAGUGGAUUUUUCCCUUUCAACUAAAACAAAAAGAUGGAGCGCAUAUUGUUGAAUCUACUCAUGGCUGACAAUGCCAUGAUACAAGAGGCAACUGUGGAACUGAAAAAACUUCUUCAAAAUCCAGACAAUAUAUCAACUUUGUGCCAACUUAUACUGACCUCGACGAGUCCUGAGGUAAGGCAGUAUGCAGCUCUUAUUCUUAGGAGACGUUAUAGUAAAGGCAAGAACUGGGCAAAAUUACCGGAACCUAUACGUAGUGAAAUUAAAAAAAUGAUUUUACAGGCUUUAGGAAAUGAAUCAGUAAAGUCUGUUAGAACUAGUAUAGCUCAGUUAGUAGGUGUUAUUGUUAAACUUGAAUUACCUACAAAUAGUUGGCCAGAAGUCAUACAUUAUGUACAACAAUUAGUCACUAGUGAAAAUAUGGAAGUUAAAGAGCUAGGCCUCCAUACUUUAUCAAUUAUGACAGAAGUCACGCCAGAUGCCUACACUUCACAUGCUAGAUCUUUGGCGCUGCUUCUUGCUCAGACAUUAAAUAAUCUUCAGAAUUUAGGACAGCCAGUUGCUUUUUACGUUUUGAAUACAAUGCGACAUCUUAUUCCUGUAAUUAAACAUGAUGAAGCUAUCAUAAACACUUAUGUUAACAUGAUGCCUCGUGUAAUGGUCACAAUUCAGUCUUUAACUCAAACUUAUGAAGAUAUGGCCAUCCAAAGCUUUGAGUUACUGGAUGAAUUGUGUGAGAAUGUGAUUGCUGUGAUAACGCCUCAUGUCAAAUCUCUCGUCAACAUGUGCCUUGAAAUCAUUGCUAAAGAAUCUUUAGAUCAUCUUAUAAAAGUUAGAGCAAUUAGUUUUAUUGGCUGGCUAGCAAGGAUAAAGAAAAAGGCUCUUGUGAAACAUAAAUUAGUGGAACCUAUCGUCGAUAUGUUAUUCGUAGUUAUGAUGACUCGGCCAGAUAAUGAUAGAGAUGAUGACGAUAUAAAUACAGAAAACGAGAAUACUAUUUUAACAAGUAGUACCCAAACUUUAGACUUGCUUGCGUUACACUUACCACCAGAAAAAUUACUUCCACAUUUGUUGCGACAUAUCGAACCUGGACUUCAAAGUACAGAUAUGUACAUGAAGAAGGCUUCGUAUGUAGCGAUAGCUGUAUUAGCGGAAGGUUGCGCUGAGUAUAUUCGUUUAAACUAUCUCGAAUACUUCCUACGAUGCAUUUGUCGAGGAAUUACCGAUCCCUCGCCUAUAGUGCGCAAUGCCGCACUUUACGCCUUAGGACAAUUUUCUGAACACUUACAACCAGAGAUUUCGCAAUAUUCAUCAGAAUUGUUACCUGUAUUGUUCGAAUAUCUAAAUCAAGUCUGUUUGUAUAUCAAACAAGAGAAAAAAGAACCGCAUGCGAUCGGUCGUAUGUUUUAUGCUCUUGAGAUGUUCUGCGAAAAUUUGCACGAGAGUAUUCUACCGUAUUUACCCAAGCUCAUGGAGAGGCUAUUCAAUAUCUUGAACGCGGAUACGUCGGCGAACGUAAAAGAAUUCACUCUAAGUGCCAUAGGUGCCGCCGCCUGUGCCAGCAAGGAACAUAUGCUACCGUAUUUUGAAACAAUCAUCAAUAUUCUCAAUGAUUAUCUUACCGCAGAAGUGACUGUAGAAAACAUGUUUCUUAAAGUUCAAGCAAUUGAUACUCUCGGAGUACUUGCUAGAUCGAUAGGCGAAAAGCACUUUGCGCCAUUAGCGCCUACUUUUCUCAAUCUAGCAAUAAAAUUUCUAAGAAAUUCUGAAGACGAUCCAGACGUGCGGAAAUCUCUUUAUGGGCUGUUCGCCGCCAUUAGUACAGUAGUAAAGAAGGACAUGGCUGUAGUUUUACCCGAACUUGUCGAGUAUAUGAUAAUGAGUAUAAGGAGUUCAGAUGGAAUUUUGAUGCACUUCAAAGACGAUGCUAAUGCGUUUUCAGUUUACAGUGAUCUUAGCGAGACUGAUAAUGAAAAAGAAGAAGACAUUGAACAUACUGAUAAUGAAGAAGAUGAUGACGAUGUCGAAGGCUAUAGUGUUGAAAAUGCCUACAUGGAAGAAAAAGAAGAAAGUGUAAUGGCCUUGAAGGAAAUCGCUGAAUAUACAGAAGAAGCGUUCAUGCCGUACCUCGAAAGAUGUUUUGAGGAGAUUUUCAAGUUGAUCAAUUACCCUCAAGAAGACAUACGUAAAGCGAGUAUAGAGGCUUUGUUACAAUUUUGUAUUAAUUUCUCAAAAAUUAAUACCGAUGAAGGUAGAAAAGCAUUGUUGAAGGCUCUUUGUAUGUUCAUCCCAAAAUUGUCGGAACUAAUAAGAUUAGACGAAGAAAGGACGGUCGCCAUUUGCGGCUUAGAAGCAUAUCUGAAACUUUUAAGAGAAAUCAAAUCAGAUGUUAUCUUUGGUGGAGGUCACAAAGAAGCUAUAAUAAAUUGUGUGAUUGAUGUCCUAACAGGCAGGACAGCAUGUCAAGACGAAGAGGAAGUCGAGGGCGCUGAAGCAGAACAAGAUGAAUUAUUAGUAGAAAGUGCAGGCUCUACAUUGUCCAGUUUAGGAAGAGUGAUUUCGCCAGAAGAUUUUGCGCUCUAUUUUCAAACUACGUUGCCUUUUCUUUUAAAGAGACUGAAAAUGGACAAUUCCGAAGCACAAAGAUCUUUUGCUGUUGGUACAAUCGCGGAAUGUUUCCCGGGACUAAAACAUAUGACGGCUAUGUUUACCCAACAAUUACUUUCAGUUCUUUUACAAACUGGAACUCAAGAUCCUUGUGGUGAAGUUCGUAGUAAUAGCUUCUUCGGUAUUGGAGAACUGGUAUUUUAUGGAAAGGAAACAGUUUAUCCACAUUAUCCCCAGAUUCUAACAAGUCUGUCAUGUGCCAUUGCAAAAGAGACAGAUGCAGCCGCACGCGAUAACGUGGUUGGAGCGAUUGCGCGACUUAUUAUUACAAAUUAUUCAAAUUUACCGCUCGAACAAGUAUUUCCAGUUUUUGUUCAACAGUUACCUUUGAAAGCCGACUUCCAGGAGCACAAAGCUGUAUUUAAAAGUAUUCUUACAUUGUAUCAAGCUGGACUCCCUGUUCUACAGUCUCAUAUCCGUACAUUGUUGAAAGUUGCAGUUGUCAUAUUACAUGAAGACAAAGCUAUGGAUGAUGAAACACGAAAUCUCAUCAUGGAAUUCAUCAAAUCUGCUCAACGAGAUUUUGUAAAUGACUGGAAUGCAAUUUUCACCGAACUACCUCCAGAAGUUGUGGCAAAAAUUCAACGCAUGUUUUCUUAAUUUAAGCAUGAUUAAUUAUUAUCAAUUUAAGAUCGUGUAAGUUAAUUUAAAUAUCGAUUUGCAGUUAUUUUUUCAUUGCAUCUCAUUUUAUAUCAUUAUGUUUUUCUUUGCAAUUCGAAUUCUAUUGCGGAAUAAUAAUACAAUUUCCAGAUAAACAAGAACACGAAACGGGAAUAAAUAGUAAUCGCAAUUGAUUAAAUAUGUUUCUAU